AUGGAAUCCUCCGGGCGGCCGCGCCAGGAGUCGCACAGCCCUCUGCCUGUGUCUUUCGCCUCGGGGUCCUCGGCCGGCUCAUCUCCUCCUCUCUCUCGCCAGUCAGGCAACGCCUCCUACGCGUCGUCGUCACCCCCAUGGUCUCCUGCCCCCUUCUGCCCUCCGGGCGCCUCCAGUGGGCGGCGGCUGCUCCUGGCGCUCGCCCUCGCGUGCCAGGUUCUUAUCACCUGCGUGGUGGCUGCGAUUGAGUGUCUCGGCGGAGCGGCUCGCCGCGCGGUCGGCUCCUGCGCGAGGUGGCUCGCCCGCAGCCUCUCAGGGCCAGAGGGGGGGGAAGCUGGCUGUGGUCAGAGAGUGAAGAGCUGUACGAGGCUGCUGGAGCGGCCUUGGUCGACGCGUUCGGAGAACGGCGGGGGAGCAGCCUCCGGCCGAGGCGCGCGAAGAUCGCGUCCUGCCGGCUCCGCCUCCUUCUCUGCGGGCUGCGGCAAGCUGGGAAAACCGCGAUUCUCUAUCGACUAA